AUGGGUCAACACGAGUCAAAACCAGAGCGUCGCGACGUACCAAUAGAAACACUCAGUCAUGAAUUGGCUCUUCAAUUCGCCUCGAAGUGCUACACACAUCUUGAGAUAGCACACUUCAAGGACAAUUUUAAGACACUAGCCGACCAUCAAGACGAUGUCGAAUACUGGAAAGAAGAGACGUUAUGUCGUUUCUUGGCUUUACCAGACUCAAUUCGUGCCGGAUCAGUGGUCUAUGCCAUGACUAAUUACCUAGGAGCCUUCCCAUUUCCAAGCCUAGCUCCAUGUAUUGUGACCAGGGAAGCUAUGUUGAAGGUCGUGACGCUGCUCACUGGCAGAUACAAGAAGGUCUUGAAGAGGGGCGACCAGGACAAGAACAAACUCUUGUUCCGAAGUCUGGCUGUGUUCGAUCGACGCAACAGUGUUGUGGUGGCGUCGAGCUCAAUUAAAGGGACGAGUGCUACGAGUGAGGAAAAAGGAGGCAUUGAACGAAGCAACUCGAACCACGAAGGGGUGCACACAGCAGGAGGAGGGUUUCCAAUUGACCAGCCCGUCAACGACGAAGAGGAAGAGGAUGAUGACGACUUGGCUUUAGCUGCACUAGACGCGCUGGAUGCUAUUGAAGUCUUCAAAGAGGAUCAGAAGAAAGAGCGCAAGAUCCACUCUGCUCACGUUCCUGUUUACAAUCUAGAGAGGCUGAUCAUGCUCAUGCUCGCGUUCGCUUCGUUGACGCCACAAGACAACACCACGCAAGUAUGCGGUGCCCUUCUCGAACAUCAACUCGCUGCACUUGAGCGUGCUGCCAGGUCCAUCAUUGUGGCUUUUGAACCAGAGCACGAAAGCAUCAGCUAUACUAACUUUAUAAGAACAAUAACCACUGUCACACCACAACUCUUCCGACCUCUUAAUCCGUUGUUUGAGCAUUUCUUGUUCAGCAAGCACCUCAAUCCAGGUAAGCAUCAGGACGAAGGGAGCGAACAGAAAGCCUCAAUUAGGACGCCUCUGUACGAAGUUCAAGAUCAGUCUACGAACAUACUGAAUGACGUGCUUCUUGCUCAGCUGAGCUUCUCCUUUGAGAUCACGAACACUUCCUCACCAGCGUCGUCCAGUUUCUUUCACUGUGGCGCCCGGCUGAACCAGCUUUACUCAACUGCGUCCCAUGGCACAUCUCUAAGCUCUUUCGGGCGUCAAGUCCUUUCUUGGCGUGCAGGCACUCUUCUUGUCCUCAGAGGCACCGACGUUAAAUCGCGUCAAACCCAUAUCAUCGGUGCAUACCUGCCCGAUCACUGGAAGGAAGCUGGAUCCACCUCUCAAGCAGAGAGUCCUUCGGAGAUUAAAGCAACAAUGUUCCAGUUGCAGCCACGGCAUGCAGUCUUUCGUGCCAACAAAUACAACAAAAGCACACCGAUAUCAUACUUUUCAAGCAAGACCGGCAUGGCUUUAGGCGGCAUCAUUCCUGCUUCGAGCCGGAUCAAUGCAUCUGCACAAAGACCCGCGCUAGGUCCCGUCAGCCUGGUGAUUGACGAAGAUUUUGCUACUGCUACCUUUCAGCACGACGGUGAUGCAGGAUCAGCAGGUGCCUUCAUGACUGAUCCAUUACUAGAAGAGACGCAACGCACGAAGUCUACGAUGUCAACCUCAACCGAUGUUCAGCCCACAAAAGUUACUCUCGACAUAGAUGACCUAGAGGUUUGGGGAGUAAGUUUCGUCAAUGAUGGUGCGGCAGGCGAAGAUGAGAUCACCAAGCAAAAGAAGCGGCUAGCAUGGGAGGAAGCUGAAGCGGCUAGACGCAGAGGUGUCAACUUCGGUGGCGACAAGGAUGGAGCAAGACACUUGUUGGAAAUGGCUGGUGUUGUUGGUGAUGGCAAUAGAAGUGGUGGAAGUAUGGGCUAA